AUGACGUCCCUGGGUUUGACUACUUGUUCAGAAUACCUAUUAUAUACCUUAUCUGAGACUGCGCCGCUUUCUUUAUACGCGUCGUUCCAGUCUUGUCCGCAUUCCAGAUCCCAUUACCGACCACAUCUCCCCCCUGGGCGAGAUGCGUGGUCGAUGCCGUCUGUGGAUUUUAGUUUGAUUGGCUUGCAUUCGCUGGUGUCCGGCUGA